GAGUAACAACGUUUUCCGCAUUAGCUCCCGGUCUUCGUUGUUCCGGUUUCCUGAAAAAGGACUUUUAUUGCAUUUACUUGACUGCUUUGAUUGCACAAGAAAAAAGUGAACCCACGAUUUUGUUAUCGGUUUUUUUUUCCUGGUGAUAAAAAGAGUAAUAAAACGGGAAGUUUUGUGUCGAGUGCGGACAGAUCCUUUGGAGACUGAGCGUGAUUUUAUUGUUCGCGUUGUAGAGAAUCUCUUUUGCCGUUCUGUGCCAGAUUGGAGAAAAGAGAAGAUUAGCAUAUCGGUUAAUUUUUUUUUUCGGUGAUCUCAAUAAUCGCAAACAACAGUUAAGCCAAGGAUUGGAGUGAGUGAGAAUCGUUGUAAAAGCAAGCAGUGAUUCAUAGCAAAAGUUUUGACAAACCAACCAAGAGUAAAGUGCCUAAUUUUACCGUCAAAGUUAGCAUAUCAAAAUCGACCAAGUGUAAAGUGCUAAUUUGUCGCUUCAGGCGAAAAAGGGGCAAGAAAGGCCUACUAAUUGCAAGUCCACACACUGCUCAAGUACUGGUGUUGUCGAGAGCAAAAGUCGUUGCGGAAGGGGCCAGGGAAAUGUUUUUAUCGCCUAACGCCGUCUGAGGAAGUUAGCCAGCCAGCCGGCCAAGGAAUGUACAACCACAGCACUUAUACCCAGACGCUGCUGUGCUAGAGCAAUUGCCGUGAAGAAACACAUUGCCGUUAAAAGUAUUGUUAUAAACCAACAGCAGUAACAACAACAAAACCAGGGGGCGAAAAUCAGUGUGUCCUCUGUGAGUGAGAGUGUUAUUUUCCUUCUACCCUUGCGCCCCCGUCGUAUUUAGUUGUGCGCGGACUGUGCGGUGAAAAAUAUACUAAGUCCAAGUUAAGUGUGAACGACUACUACCAGUACUAGUGCCCACGCAUACAGCUGAAUCGCGAGCUACUAAUAACAACAACACCAACAAAUAACAGUGACGAACGGGCCAAAUCCCCAAGUAGGCGACACCAAACGACACGAUAGCACACAGGAGGAGGCCAAAAAGGAAGAAACCUCCUGCGCGACUCGUGGUGAGUUAGCAGAACACUUCUACCGCGAGUGGAGCUCGGCUCGCCUGAAAAAAAAAAUCUGGUUAAAUUUGAAUCCCUCAACAAACUUGUGGCUGGAAUGGAGAGGCAACAGCACCAGCAAAAUGUAAAAUAGAGGAGCAGAGCCCAAACGUUCUGAAUCGCGUGACAACAAACACACUUCAUCAACGGCUGUGGUAGCCACCAGGAACGAAAACGAAACAAACGCGUACCUGGAUCCGGUUCCGGAAAACAGUUGACAGUUAGCCUUUAGCAUAAACCAACCAGAACACAGCAACCAUGUCAUCCCAAAGAUUUUGCCUCCGGUGGAACAACCACCAAACCAACAUGCUGUCGGUGUUCGACCAGCUGCUGCACGCGGAAACCUUCACCGACGUGACGCUGGCCGUCGAGGGGCAGUACCUGAAAGCACACAAGAUGGUCCUAUCGGCCUGCAGUCCGUACUUCCAGGCGAUCUUCGUCGGGCACCAGGAAAAGGACCCGAUCGUGAUCCUCAAAGAUGUACCCUACAAAGACAUGAAAUGUCUGCUGGACUUCAUGUACCGGGGCGAGGUGUCCGUCGAUCAGGACCGGCUGGCCGCGUUCCUGCGGGUGGCGGAAAGCCUCCGGAUAAAGGGUCUCACCGAGGUGAACGACGACAAACCCCCGCCAGCGGCCGUCAAUGCCGCCGGAACAAACCAAAACCAAUCACAGCAGCAACAGAAUCAACAGUUGCAGCAACAGUUAGCGGCGGCCGCCAGUCGGAACACCCAGCUGACGACGACGUCCACUAGGGGAGGGGAGCAACAGCAGGGCCAAUCGAAGCAGAAAUCCGCUGCCGGUCAGAGUAUGCUGCUCACGAAUCCGGUCUUGGGAAAUGCCCUUUCGCAACAGAGAAGGAAGCGGGUUAGACCGCGAAAGCUGUCCGGAAGCGAUACAGGAGAUGGGGAAUACGAUGGGUAUGAAAGUGAUGGACCCCAGGAUUCCCCGGAGCUGGUCAUGGACGUCAAAAUGGGUGGCUCGGACGAUGAAAAUGUUAUCAGCCGUUCCGAGGAAAACGACCACGAGGACUCGAUGGAUGCCUCCGGUAGCCCCCCGAUGGUUAACAACAAUAACAACAGCGUUAACAACAAAUCAGCCAGCAGCAAAGCCCCCGCCUCUUCUUCGAUCUCGGCCACCGGUGCCACCAACAACAACAACAGUCACGCAAUGAACAAUGCCAAGAGUUCGGCCAGUAGUCUACGGAACGAAAACAGCAUGUCAGAUUCCAAAGAUUCAUUCAACGACGAGGACGCCCCGAUGGACGACGAGGACGAGGAAAAUAUGAACUCGGACGAGGAACGGGAACUGAAUUCGAGCUUGAUGGAACCGCAGCUACUGUUGGACGAGUACGACGAACCGGUGGAGUUCAAGUAUGAUCCGAAGAACAGUGAGGGUAGUGGUGGGGUAGAUUCGACCAGCAAUAGUAGCUUCCCGCCGCCACUGCAUGCCAAGCCGGGAAGUCAGGCGGCGACCGGCCGGAUGCCGUUGAUAAAUGUUGUGCCCACCAUGUCCCUGUUGAACACCCAGUUGCCCAAGUUGGCACCGUUGACGGCGAGCCAGGCCGUUGCCGCAGCCGCAGCCAGUAUUUUGACCUCAAAGUCUCUACCAAAGCUCCAGAAGCGACCACGAUUGAUGGGCAACAAGCUGCAGAAUGGGAUCACGGCGACGCAGACCAUUUUGAACAACUUGAACAACAAUCGGCAGGAAAGCUUGAUCUCGACAUCCGGCCCGACUGCUAUGAACAGUGGUGCCUCGGGGUUGCACAUCUCGAGUGUACUGUCUGGGCUGAACUCGUCCGAUAUGUUCGACAUGUUUUCGAACAGUGUGCUCGGAUCGCCCAACGCUCGAUCGAACUCAAACUCACCCUCGACGAAGGGUUCCGGGGCCGGGGGCGAGGGCAGCCGGACGCACAAAUACACUGUGAUCGACGAUACCGAGGGAAGUGUGCGGGAUUUCUGUACCAAAGAGGGCGACCACGUGUAUCGAUGCAAGGUUUGCUCGAGAGUCUACACCCACAUCAGCAACUUCUGCCGGCACUAUGUGACAUCACAUCGGCGGAAUGUUAAAGUCUACCCGUGUCCGUACUGCUUCAAGGAGUUCACUAGGAAAGAUAAUAUGACCGCUCAUGUGAAGAUUAUCCACAAGCAGGAAUUCACACAGCAUUCGAAUACUAGCGAAGGAACUCCCAUGAACGUGAACACCAACAGCAAUAGUAGUACGAAUGGGUCAACGACACCGGUUCCACCCGCUACUCCCGUUACGCCAGUGUCCGCCGGAUCUGGAGCCUUUCCAUGUGCAGCUAUCAUAAAUGCCGUCGCAAAUGCAGUCGGUCUGCAACCAAAGAAUCCUAGCGCAUCUGCCAGCCUCCGAGUUCUGUUCCCUCCGAACAGCAACGGCUCACCUGCCCCAACCUCCAACAGCAGUAGCAACACAACCACGACUACUCCGACAACCGCCGGAACCAUUACCAUAAAGAAAGAAUUCCAAGAGAAGCCUAGUAGCCCCUCACCACCACCCCCCACUUCGGACGGAUCUCCGGUUUCAUCCAGCACCCCGGUCACUUCACCUAGCUCCACGACCACUAGCAGCAGCAGCGGCACAACGACUGCUUCCCCGGUCGUAUCCUCCGUCGUAUCGGCACCGACGGCCACCGUCGGGAGUCAAUGAUAUGACGCUCGGAGCGAAGGACGUCGAACUUCGCUGCGACUUUCGCUCCGAGGGCACGAGGAUUCCAACAGUAAAGCGAAGCAACUGACCACGAAACAUGAAGAGGCUAGCAACACUAAAGCAACAACAGUAAAGUCCGGCACUGGCCGGACCGCACAAAAGCCCAUCAACUCCACUUCGUCGUCGACUGCGACGAAGGGAACAACCGGGCACUGAGACAGACACAGAGAGAGCUGCAAUAAUUGUUUUACUAUUAUUAUUUUUAUUUUUUAACUGUACACUUUUUUACAUGUUCUGUUGUUUAAUUAUUCUAUUGCUUGGCGAGCCCGCGUGUGGGCCAAAGCACACAAACGCAACCACACACAUGCAUACUAACGUACGACACACGGAAAAGAAAGAUCGUUAUCAUUCCUUCUAAAGGGUAUUUGUAAUUUUAAGCAUUGGAAUUGUACAGAGCAACUGCAAGAGGAAAAAAAACAAACGGUCGCGUAUCUAUCCCAAACUCUUAGGAUAGAAGUUGAAUCAAUCAGCUGGAUAGGAGAGAAACAUUAAAAAAAUGAAAAUUUGUCCCCUAAAUUCUAAUCUCAUUAAUUAAUGCACACAUACUACAAAUCAUCCUUCUAAAACAUGUGUCAAGUUCGAUCGGUUAACCUUUUACAAAAGUAAACUUUAUUUUAUUAUUUAAAAUAAACCACUUUCAAGUCACUUGUCAUCAUCAAAAGAAAUUUAGUUAGCUAACUAGACAAAAAUUCACCGAUUUCCCCUCACAGACACAUACGGAUUCCUUUCAAGGCAGGAUUGAGACCAUGGAUUGUUUCAGGUUUAAAAGCUAAGUUGGAAAAUUCGUUAUUUUAAGAAUUUAAGUUUUCAUGUCCAUUUUUUACCAAUUUUCGAAUCGUUUUUGAGACUGCAUAAGAGCAAGUCCACUCGUGUUGCGAAAAAGUGGUAGAAAAUUUGACACAUGUAGUACAUUUUGAAAGUUUUACCAUGCAGAAAUAUUUUCAAGAUCUGUGGCCUUCAAGUUUUUUUAACAACACGUGUUGCAGUUUCGCAUGCUGUGAUGAAAAAAUAGCAAUAUUUCUAUCACAUACGGCUGAAAUAAAAACAGUACUGUAAAAAAAUACAACGCCCAAAGAUCUUGAAAACAUUUUUGCUUGGUAAAAUUUUCAAAAUGUCAAAAUUUCUACCAAUUGGUGUUGAAUUUUUUUACAACACUGUUUCUAUUUCAGCCGUAAUCGAACUAAACUGGCAUCACAGAAUGCGAAAAUAGAACACGUGUUGUGUUAAAAAAUCUUGAAGGUCGCAAAUCUUGAAAAUGUUUUUACAUGGUAAAGUUUUAAAAAUGUGCUAGUGUCAAAAUUUCUAUCACUUUUUACCAACACGAGUGAACUCGCUCGAAGUGAAAUCCAAAUAAAACAGGAGACCAGCACAGUAAAUGGAAAAUCUACCAAAUUCUUAACAUGCGAAUAACUGGCCAGUUCAGAACGUUUUGCUUUUUUUUUUACAUAGCAUUCGGUAAUUUUUACCGUAGAAUCGGUUAUUUUUCAACGAAAGACUAGCUAUUUUUAACGAGCAACUGGAAAUUCCCACCGAAGUUUCGGUAAACAACCAGUCGGUAAAACAGAGAAAAAUUGAUUCGUAGUUUUGCGGUUACUCUGUAGCACUGAUUCUAAAAGAAUUAACUUUUUUUUUGUUUAUUUGUGACACUUUACCAACGCUUUGGCAUUCGUGUCAAAAAAGAAUUAACGUUUAAGGCAAACAGUAUUCGAAAAUGUCGGUCAUUGAUUUAAAUUCACAUGAUAUUUUCAUAACAUUAUGCAGUGUUGCCAGAAUUACUAAGAAGUUUUGAUAAUCGAUUUCUAUCAGAAGCUGAUAGGAAAAAAUAGUUACAUUUUUUCCAAGAUAACUUUCUAAGCACCUAGAAAAAAGUUUUUGAAGAUCUCUGUUAUAAAUUUUAGAAAAACUAGGUAAUUACAUUAUAUUUUCUCCUGAAACAUCCUGGUCACAAUUCUUUCACCCACAUAUCCCUCUUUAAGUUAGAGCGCGUUGCCCAUACGCAAAGCAAUGUUGAAAUAUGAAAAAAAUAUAACAUACACAACAACCACUUCACGCAAGUCUUCCCAUACAAUCAAUGCCGAGAUAGUUCGGGGCAGGUCCUUCUUUGCUCAAGAUUUCAUUCCCAAUGGGAGUGAAUUUCUCGGCAAGACGAGAUCCCCCACUUCCGGAUUGAGACGUUUAUUUUUAGUUAUACACUUACAUAGUAGAUGAAAAAGUUCCCCAUCAAAAGAACAACCAAAUAACCAAAUGAAUCGAAGAAAAGGAACAACAACAACAACCAGACAGCCAGCAUAUUUAAUUAGUGUAUGUGUACAAAGAAGCAUCUUAAGUCUAAAGUUUCCCAUUUCUUAGGUUCGAGCACCGUAUUUAUGUUUUUUUUUAACGAGCGACGUCCUUUAAGAUAAAAAAAAAUCAAACCGCAAAAGAAGUUGUUAAUUAUUUUUAUCGCGUCUCAUUCGCCGUUUUUUUUUUUUUCGUCAAAGGUAGAGUGACGCAGAUCGUUACUCUCAUUUAAAUGUUUUUCUGUUUUAGUUUGUUUUCCAUUAAAAUUGGCAAGCUGCUACCGGGAACAUCCUUUCGCUCCUUAAUUUAUUAUUACGGGAAGUCACCGUUAAGAAGGUUUCUCUCGGUUUUUUUUUCGAACACAAAUCAAAUCUCCAUUCCAGGAGCAUGUUGCAAAAAGCUUGCUUGCAUCCGUACUCAAAGCUUUUAAGUUGAUUUAUGUAACUAGCAAUUGGAGAAAAUAUUUAAAAAAAAACCUUAAAGGUUUAUACACAUCCUCAUUGUCAAAUCGUACUACUAUUGGAAACAGAAAUUUCAACUAAAUUUUCGUUGCUUAACCGUAAAAAAGAUAAAUUAGUUAAAAUUAGCAAUUCAAUCCAAACAAUCCCUAUUGAUAGUAGAUGUAGAAUAAAACGGCAGAAGCACACCUUUCUGUGAUUGUACUUUACGUUUUAUGUUAUAAUUUUUUUAUAUCUUGGUCAAAAUUUUUCUGUACUUUAAAAUUUAACUAGCUCAUUUCUUUUAUGUUUGUUUAUUUUGUUGAUUAUCUCCUCCUUAGGUUAUUUGCUUCAAAGUUAUUUCUGGUUUCGGAUUGAUAAUUUUUUGUUUCCCCAAUCAACAACCAUAGAAGUGUAACAUUUAAAAGUCUGAGAUACUAGUAGUUUUUAUCAUCUUCGUCUCUCAACUUCCUUUAAACCCAUCUUCCUCACCCUGAUGUUUCAAAAAUUGAAAUUGGUUGAUGAAAAUUUAUAAAACAAAAUAAACCAACUACUAACAAAGUGUUUGGCAUUUUAGGUAGGAUACCAAGAGUCUAUUAUUAUACAUACAUAUAUUUUAAACAAAAUUUUAAUCCUAGAGAAAAAAGAAAAAAUACGGUUUAACUAUGUAAGCACACUAACUAGUACUAGUAAAGGUUGAAAAAAACACACAAUGUUUGUUUUGUGCGAAGAAAGGAUUAGCGUUUAAGGACAAUCAGAGGAGAAAAAUGUGUAAAGCGGGAAGUAGUCUAGAGAUAAUAUUUAUACCAACAAUUACAAACGAUGGAGAAAUGAAACCCCUUUGAAAACGAAAUAAAAGUGCUGAGCCCAUGCGGCUAAACACUUGCUUUUAGUGAGCUUAUAAUCAAAUAUUUAAACUGGCUUUGCACCGUGCUUUUUAUCGGCAUUGUGCGAAUAACCAGAAUUCUAAAAAAAACACCUCACAUGUGUUGUUGUUUUUUUUAUAAAUGUACCUACCUGUUGUAUUUUUCUUCUAUUGUUUAACUGUGUACUACUUUCCUCACCCCACAAUUUAAAAUGUCCCACUGUACAUAUUUAAUAGUUUGAUUUAGAAUGGAGAACUAGUACUGCAAUACAUAUUAAAAAAAAAUAUUAUUAUUAUUUGUUAUGGACAAACGCAACUAUUUUUAACUUAUGUACAUGUAACAUUACUAAAGCUCUUUUUUUUGCGAGCACCGAUCCUCACACCUCCGCACUAAUCAGAUAGGAACACAACAACUAGGCUAUUAUAAUAUAUUGAAGAAAAAACCCACAAAUAAAAAAAAAAACAAAAAAAAUCAUGCAAAGGUAGAUAGUGCAAUUUUACGUUUUAAGGCUUUCACACCCACACACACACGUUCGCACACUAGGUAGUUGCAAUUUUGAAAUGCAAAUCCUAAUAUUUUAUUCCAAACCUUAAUUUUGGAGGCACCCUAGGACCAAUUCGAUCACAAAACUACUAGCAAAACACCCACCAUACACACUUUUUGGCACGCGUUAUUCAUUUAUACUAUGUAGUUGAUAAUUUUGCAACUAGCGCUCAGUAAAAGCAAAAAAAAGGGAUGAAAAUUGUUUCUCGAAACAACCGAAAAAAACACAAGUAUACCUACCCGACGUUUUACUGAAGAACAACAGAAAAAGUUUUAUAAAAAAACAAAAAUUUAUAAAAGAAAAACCUAAAAAAGCAAAAACAAAUUAUCAGUGGUGAGCUCGAAAGCCGUGAAUGAAAGUACAUAAUUACUAUGUUUUAAUCGUAUUAGGAGCGUGUGGAAAAAGUGAGUGAGCGAGAAAGUGGGGAGAUUGAUUAUAUUUUUUUUAAAUAACAAGCUGUGUAUUCUUUAUCGAAUAAUAAUAAAUGGUGAACGAGAGAGCGCAAAAAAGCGAAAGUUUGGAAGGGUGCGAAUGUGUGCAAGAUAAAAAGGGAAUAAUUAUGAGAAAAAUUAUAUAUAUUUUAUUGCAAUUAAUAUAUGAAAAUAAUAACACUUACACAAAAACCACACACACCCUAUGGAAGUUCACCCCAUACACAUACAAAACAAAAAAGAAGGUACAGAAACAACCUUUAUAUAUUUAAACUGAAAAAUGGCAUACAAAAAGCAAAUGGAAUAAAGAAAAAUUUAAAACAAAAAAAAAUCGUU